AUGCCUCUAUCCUCACCCGCCACGAACGGGUUUGCGCCCAAGUAUCGUAGCGAGAUUCAGCAGAUGAUGUAUGUUGCUGGCGAGACCCAAGACGUCUCGCUAGAGACUUUGAUCCUCGUGGAACAGAUCGUACAAGACCAAGUCAGACAUAUCUUAUCCACUGCCAGUGAUCUCGCCGCAUGCGCCGGCAAGAAGACCGUCUCUCUGAAUCACAUCAUCUUCCAAGUCCGCCACGACGAACCAAGGGUCCAGCGCAUCAAGUCCCUGUUGCGAUGGCGAGCCGUCCGCCUGGAAGCUAAAAAGCGUAAUCAGGAUAUGCAGGAUGGUGUGGAAAUAGACGAUCCCAACGAAAUGUCAGACGAGCUGCUCGAAAAUCCUAUGGUUGAGGAGGUUGCCGCUAAGAGAACGGAACCUGCCGCAGGCACAUUGCCUUGGGACGUCGAGUCGUACUACUCGAUCAUUCCACCGGGCGGCGACACGAACGAGAAGCUGCUCAACGAUCCCGGCGAGGACAGCCUGCAAAGGCUUCGCUGGGCGGAUGAAGUCACCAAAGCAAUGACCAGCGAGGAAUACGCCGUGUACUCUGAAUACCGACACGCAUCUUUCACGACGAGAAAGCCAAAGCGUUUCCGCGAGUGGGCAGGUGUUGGUGUUGUGGCCGAUAUUGUCAGGAGAGAGGACUCUCUGGAAAUCCUUGGUUUCAUAGCUGCUGAGAUGGUGAAGCGCCUCACAGAUAUCGCACUGACGAUACAGGCACAAGACUUAGCGGCGCACAGAGCCCAAGUUAGUCUUCCUUCGAUGAAUUCAGGACACAGGAAGUGCCGAUUAUUCGUUACCAAAGAUCUGAAGAGAGAGCCGAUCAAUGUUGGACAUGUUCGAAGAGCUUUUCGUGAGACACAGGCGAAUCCCAAGAAGAAACGGGUACAGCUGAACCCAGUCACAGGACCCAGGCGCUUAGAGUUGAUCUAG